GCUGCAUACAUUUUUUGUUGUUGUGAGGGUGACUUCUUAUGAAGGGUACAUUUGAACAGUUAACAUUUUGGAGCUCUUGUUCCAUUCAAUGUGCCAUCCCUUGCAUCAAGGUACUUUUAGAAUCCGCAUGCCUGCACAUGAAAUUCAUAAAUCUGUGGAAGUCUGCAGGCUAUGACCAUAUUUUUUAUACAUUGAGUUAAUCACUGAUAGUUCUGUGCAGAAAAAAAAUUUUUUUUUAUUUAAAAUGGUAACAACUUAAUAUGUACUUAGUUUUGUAUAAAAAGUACAUACAAUAAGUGCAUGCACACACUUCAUAUGUGCAGUUUAAAAUGCUGAAUUGUAAUUUAUAUGCUAUUUAAGAGGCAUUAAAUUGUAUUUUGUAAGGUGAAAAAGACAUUCUCUCUCAAGAAAUAUAGAAAUUUAGGAUUAAUUAAAUUUUCUACAUUUCUAAGAGCAAGCGUAGCGUCUUUUUCUGCACCUUGUAUAAUGGGUAGCGCCUCGUCUCUUGCUGCGUGAGCUCAGACCUCAAAACUGUACAUGUAGCCUACAACUAUUGCCAGAAAGUUGAGUUCCAGUUGCAUUCCUAUUUACAUAACACAGGAAUGCACAUACCAAAUUAAAUUGAAGCCAGUGGCAUUUCAUAUGCUUUCCGCCAUGAUGUUUUUAGCCUUGAAGCAGAUGAUUCAACAGAUCAUACUUUGCAUGCAACAGUGAUCAGAUGGCCCCGAAGAGCAGCUUUGAUCCAGAAUUCCAUUGUCUGUGCAUUUAUCCAGUUGUGGAGUUCACCGCUAAUGUGGAAACUUUCUUUAACUGGAAAUAUAUGUCUUCAAGAAACUGAAGUGUGCAUAGAAAUUACUGUCAGUAAAUUAGAAGAAAGCAAUCAAACCAAGUUGCUUUGAUAUACAUUUUCCAACAAUCUAGAAUUCUUCUUAAAAUCUUAAAAGUUUAUAUCUGCUAAAUGACCCAAAGUUCAGGCAUAGCAUGACUCUGCUUGGAGUGGUAACGUUUAGAGUUGUUUUUUUUAUACAGGACCUUAGAAUAGGCCUGUCAACAACAUUUUCAGUGCCCCUUGGUAUGUGUUAUGUUUACAUUAUAUGUGCACUUAACCAUGUGAUCAUUCUGAAAGGCCGUAACAUCCGCUUGCUAUAAAGUGCAUCCAUGCUGCCUCUUGUUUAGCAUGCAGUGGGCCAAAUUAAUAAGUUGUGCCUUUCUGCUUGAACCGUUCCUUUCACAGGCACUGUGGGUCUCCUGGGUGCUUGCUAUUGUUCUUUUGUUUGAGCUGCCACUGCAAAUAGAUCCAUUUAGGUUACUCAGUAUGUAUUAAAUUGCCAUUUGCCCUAACGCAGGCAGUGCCAGAUGGCAUAGACUAAUUGGCAGAGAGUGGAAAGGAGAGACUUGGCCAUUUUGUGCAUCUGCACAGCCAUGCACUGGAAUCCUGUACCAGUGAGACUCGUAUAGUCAGAUUCACCCUACCCUCAUACUGCACCAAGGCAUGACCACCAUUUUGCCAUCCAUGUUUGCAAAAUAGGAAAUACACAAAAUGGUAGGGCCACCUGGACAACAUCUUCGGCUGCAUGAUAGUGUGAAAUCCCGUUAUUGACUUCACAGUUCAAAAGUUUGGAUGGGAGAAUCCCUUAACCAACUCCCAUAGUGAUUUCCUGUUUGCCUGGGCCUAACAGACGCACCUCUGUUAGCUCUUGGACAGAAGACACCAGGGCUGGAGAGAGAGAGAGUUUGGCCAUCAACAUCUCCAGGGCCAGGACUGUGGGAUGCAGCACAUUUACCUGCAGAGCAAUGAGCACUUUGAGGUCUUCACCACCGUCAUCUCUCCACAAGUGAAUAGGGCAAGAAACAGACAAAGAGGAGCAGAGAAGGUGGUGGUAGUAGUCAACUACCAACCUUGUGGGCUUGACGAACUUGAACUGUGCCAGGGCGAUGUCGUUCGAGUCCUUUUCAAAGAUGAUGAGUCGCGGUGGUUUGGAAGGCUUCAGAAUGGGCAGCAAGGUUACUUCCCCGUGACUCAUGUGACAAAAUUUUACCAGAAGGAUGAGCCCGUGAAACUUUUUCCAAGCUCAUUACAGAGGAACUCAGUCCAGGCUGAGACUGCAGAUGUCCUUGGAGGCAGUACAGAGCUACGGUCCCAGAGGGGUGGGGAGGAAGGCCUUUUCCUGGCUCUGAGGCCUGGGGCCUCUCUCCCGCUAAUGGGGGACCCGGCCCACGGCUCCCCCAGCCUGCUCCGCAGGAUCCUGUCCAAGCCCAGGAGGGCCUGCGAAUGCCAGGGGGCCACGAACGGGGCCUUCGAACCCGACUGACUGGCUCAUGUCACUAGAU